AUGAGUGCUACCACAAAGCCAGUGGACGAGCGGGCGCCACUGCUCGGUCCCCAACCGAGUACGGUAGAUGCAGGCAAUGAGUACCUCCCCGACAGUGAGAUUGAGGACGAUUCGGGUCGCAUAUCUGCAGCAAGAGCGGCAAUAUGUGUCGUUGCUCUGGGGUCGUUGAUCUUCUUGCAAGCUACGAACAUCUCUCUCCUGACUACAACACAAUCAACAAUCGCAGCCGAUCUCGAUGCUUUUGAGAAAACCAGCUGGUUUACAUCAGCAUAUCUCAUUGCGGUAUCAUCUACAUCACCAUUGACCGGAAAGCUCAGCCAACUGUUCAGCCCAAGAAACUGCAUCAGUGCUAGCGCUAUGGUGUUGGGUUUGGGUGCUCUUCUUACUAGUUUCGCGCAAACAUUUGCCAGCUUCAUUGUUGGGCGUAUUAUCACGGGUGUCGGAGCUGCCGGUGUUUUCACAGUAUCCAUUAUUGUCGUACUCGAGCUCAGCGGGCCAACCAAGCGUGGAGCUGUUAUCGGUCUCUUGAACUCUGGCUUCACGGUCGGUGUGGCAGUAGGAGCAACAGUUGCAGGUGCAUUGGUAAACAGAGUCGGCUGGAGAGCACUCUUCUGGAUGCAGACUCCGCUUGCUGCUGUCGCUGGUGCAGCCCUCUACCUGGCAAUCCCAACUCAAUUCUCUGCUGCUAGAGGCAACAGCAAAGAGAGUAUCUGGAAGAAGCUAGGCACGUUGGACUACCUCGGUGCUCUCACACUGACCGUUGGCAUUGUGCUGCUUCUUUCAGCACUCUCGAACCCUCGUCGCAUUCCCAUCUUGCCCAUCAUCUUCAGUAUCAUCGCUUUGGCGACGUUUAUUCUCAACGAGAUCUAUCUGGCUACCGACCCCAUCAUCCCAGUCACGCUGCUCAAAUCUCGAGGCAUGGCUUUUACCUGCCUAAGCACGGUCGGCUUCAUGAUGGCCCGAUGGAGUGUUCUCUUCUUUACCCCUACCUACACUCUCGCGGUACGUGGCUGGGCUCCCGCCGCUGCUGGUAGUAUUCUCAUCGCCACGAACGGUGGCUUUGCGCUCGGAGGCAUUCUUGUGGGCGUCUUCCACAUUCGUCGCCAGGGCAGUUUCUACCUUGCCUGUGUGACGGUGUAUCUCUUGUUCCCCUUCACGCUGGUCGGCAUUGCACUACUCUCGACUGCUGCAGCAUCUUCUUCGCUGUACAUAUUGCUGCUGUUCUUGAAUGGUCUCACCGUUGGCGCAGCGAUGAACUACACACUGGCUCAUCUUCUACAUCUGACGCCAGCUUCGACACAUUACAUCGCCACCUCACUUAUCGCUACUUUCAGAGGCUUUGCUGGAUCUUUCGGCAGUGCGAUUGGAGGUGGUCUCUUCACCCGCAUCUUGAGAAAGUCGUUGGAGGAUAAGUUUGACGACAGCGAUGCCGAUUUAAUUCGCCGCCUUUUGGGCAGUCCAGCUAUGGUCAGUCUGCUGAAGGGAGCGAAGAGAGCCAAGGCUGUCGCUGGUUACGAAGACGCAUUGAGAGGAUUGUUCUUGGCCGCUGCUGGUCUUGCACUUAUCAUGGUGCUUGUACAAGCGGCUACUGGUUGGAAGGGUGUGGAAGACGAACCAAAGAGUCAGGAGGGAGAAGAAGAAGUCACUCCAUAG